AAACCUAACAAUUACAAAAUUUGGAACCCACUGCCCAUUACCCAAAUGUCUCCACCGCCCAACACCACCGCAGCAGCCGCUGGGGACCAGAGCGGCGCCACCUUAUUCUCCGACGUCCACGGCGAUGUGGUGGAGGCGCACAUCCUCGCCCGCCUCGACGGGCCCACCCUCGCCGCCGCCAGCUGUGCCUCUUCCCAGCUUCACUCCCUCUGCUCUCAAGACCAUCUCUGGGCCGCCGUCUGCCACUCCACCUGGCCCUCCACCGCCGCCAGCCCCCGCCUCCGCCACCUCAUCUCUGCCUUCCCCGGUGGCCCGCGCUCCUUUUUCUCCCUCUCCUUCCCCCUUCUCCUCCCCUCCACCGCCACCCCCACCACCUCCCCGCCGCCGGAGCUAAUCUCUGCCGUCGACAUCCACUACAAGAACAAGCUCAUCUUCAGCAAAGUCCAGGAGACCGAGACCACAACCAGCUGGUUCCGGUGCUCCCCGUUCAGAGUCGACCUCUUGGACCUCAAAGACACCGUCGCCACCGCCUUCCGCCACCCGGACGGCGACUGCAGCUGCGCGGAGCUCGCCGAGGAGAUGACUCUGAGCUGGGUUCUGAUCGAUCCGUUGAACCAGAGGGCCGCAAACCUCUCCAGCCACAAAUCCGUCUCUGUGCAGCGCCACUGGCUGAGCGGCGAGGUCCAGGUGCAAUUCGCAACGGUGCUGGGCGCGUCGGAGACGGUGCAGUGCGGGAUAGUGGUGACUUGCGGGGGAUCGGAAGGGGGGGAAAUGCAGGUGAGGGAGGUGAGCUUGCAGGUGGAGGACAUGGACGGAAUGCACUUGACGGGUAAGGACAGUAUGGACAUUUUACACCAGGCACUGGGGGGCAAAAAAGAGAAUAUAAUUAAAGACAGGGAGGUAGAAGGGAGGAGAAGAUACAGAGAGUAUCUGGAGAUGAAGAGAAACAGAAGAGACAAAAAGCUGAGAAUCGAAGGGACUUUGGAUAUGCUCUGCGUGGCCUUUGGAUUUGGCCUCACCGUCGCUGCUGCUUCUUGGCUCUUCUUUGGCAGCAGCUGAUCAAUCAGCAUGAAUUAAUUGAUGAUACGUACCGUACAAAAUGCAUGUAAUCUAAGCAAUAUAUAUAUAUAUAUAUAAUAUAGUCUGAAGGAUUAAUUCUUCAAGGGAAACCAAGUUGUAUUCAUUAGUGAAGUGCAUCAUUAGUAGCAUUUUGGGGCAAAAA